CCUAAGUCUGCCCUUCUAGGCCCCCGUGACGUAUGUAAGGACUUUCGGGUUCGUUCUCUUGUGACAUUGUCUUCUUCAAGUGUAGGAAUCUGAGGGAAAGCUUGCGUCGUCACCAUGCUGCGUACAAUGCUCACCCACGCUAAGAAGCACCCCAGUUUAAUCCCUUUGUUUGUGUUUGUUGGAUUGGGUGGUGCUGGAUCAAUCGUAUAUGCUAUGCGAGUGGCUCUGUUCAGUCCUGAAGUGAGCUGGGAUAAGAAGAAUAACCCUGACCCCUGGAACAAGAAUGGUCCUAACUACCAAUACAAGUUUUAUAAUGAAACUAUUGACUACAAGAAUCUGAAGAAAGAAGGACCUGACUACUAGAUCAAUCUCCUCUGCUGGAAGUUAAUGAUUCUGUACAGUCUGCCUGGAUUUUUUUUUUUCAUUUUCUACAGCUUAAUUGUCUACGAAUGUAAAUGUUUCCUCCUAUUUAAUCAGAAAGGCAUGUUUGUUUACCCAGCUCUGUAGUUGGGCCUAAUAAAACUAAACAAGGUCUGAUACUAA